CUUUCUCUUUCUCUCUCUCCUCUGUCCACUCUCCUCAUUUCAUUAUCUGCUUCUCUCUCUCGUCUCAAUUCCAGGGUCUCUUCUCUGAUUUAUACCCAAUAGCAGCGAGCGAGUCAUGCUCGGCGCUCGCUCUCUGUGGUUCAUUUGCAGACAUACUGAAAGAGCGGGGGCUUAUUAUCUACUAUUUCUACUGCUAGGAUUGUCUGCAUUUACUCCCUCUUAGUUCCUUUUUAUGGUUUCAUAUUUCCUAUAUCACACUUUGUUAUGGUAAAACUUACUGUGAAUCUGGCAAAUUGAGCUAUAAAGUGGUUGGGUUUCCCAAUCAAAGCAGAGGACGAAAAAAAAUGGAAAUGAAAAGGAAAACGCCGUCACAACUUCAAUCCCUUGAGCAGCUGUACGCAGAGAAUAAGUAUCCUACAAAAGAGGUAAUGGAAGACCAUGCCUCCGCUUUGGGAUUGACAUACAAGCAGGUCCGGGGGUGGUUUGUUGAGAAGAGGAGGAGGGAUAAAAGAGAAAAUGGAAUUAUUGUACCAUCACAUUCGACUUCGAGUAAGAAACGUCCGAUUCUUACUAGAAGGAAUGGAUCGGGCAUUAUAGCUGCUAGAAAGGUACUUAAAGGAGAUCCCUCGAUGUGUAACCCCAAGACUCAUUCGUUUUCAAUAUCCAAGCGCCCAUCUAUGGCCGAGAACCGGAAUGCUAAGAGAAAGAAAAAACUAUUUCUUCUUCAGGAUUUGUUAACUCCAGACCACAUUCUGAAGAGGGUGUUCCGCAAGGAUGGUCCUCCCCUUGGUGUGGAAUUUGACUCUCUUCCAUCUGGGGCAUUUUGCUGUCUUAUAGAUCCUAAAAAUUCUCAUCCAUGUUGUGAAGACAACCAAAGAGCAGACAAAAGAAGAAAGGUACUUGAGAAGGAUUUCUACCUUCCAUAUUCAGUUUCCGAGCAUGCCAUCUUAAGUCCCCAUGUUUCUCGCAAAAAGAGUGCUCCGGUAAAGAAACAUGGUAUUGGGAAAGGUUUGAUGACAGUUUGGCGGGCUACUAAUCCUGAUGGUGGAGAUUUCCCUACUGGUGUCGAUUUUGGCGACAGGGAAGUUGCUAGUGUAUCUCUAGUCUCAACUUCUAUAUCGCGAAAAAAACCACAACUUCAGGAGAAAAGGCCACGACAACAAGUUCCUGCGGCUAAACAGGGAAGGUUUAGAAAUAAAUCGCAAGAUAAGAGGAAACAAUCCAUCAGAAGAACAGAUGUGGAAUCUAACAGGGAUGAGCAUCAGAAGCAGCCAGAUAAAGCAAAAUGUGAACUUGCUUUGGAAGGAGAAAUAUCUCAAGAAUACCUUGAUCGGGUUACAAUGCUGGUGGAUGAUGAAGAGCUGGAGCUGCAAGAGUUACAAGGACCAAAUCUGCUGAGGUGUUCAGAUCAUUUUGCUGCCAAUGGUCUACAGGGUUGUUCACUUUGCAAAGAUCUCCUGGCUAAGUUUCCUCCAAAUUCUGUUAAGAUGAAGCAACCAUUGUGUAUGCAACCUUGGGAUUCUUCUCCAGAGAUUGUCAAGAAAUUAUUUAAGGUUUUCCAUUUCCUUUAUACUUAUGCUGUUGCGGUUGAUAUAUGCCCCUUCACUCUUGAUGAGUUUGCUCAAGCAUUUAACUAUAAGGAUUCAUUGUUACUUGGAAAAAUUCAUGUGGCCCUUCUUAAGCUUCUUAUAUCAGAUGUGGAGACAGAGCUUAGUGGUGGCUUUUCCCCUCGUUUGAGCAAAUCUUGCAAUUUUCUUGCAUUACUUCACUCGGUUGAAAAUCAAAAAGUUGUUUUGGAGUUCUGGAAGAGUUCUCUAAACCCACUAACAUGGACAGAAAUACUGCGUCAAGUUUUGGUUGCAGCUGGUUUUGGUUCAAAGCAAGGUGCAAUGCGGAGGGAAGCCCUUAGCAAGGAAAUGAACCUCAUGGUGAAGUACGGUCUACGUCCUGGUACUUUGAAGUGUGAAUUGUUUAAAAUUUUAUCAGAGCAAGGAAAUAAUGGGUCGAAAGUUUCUGAAUUGGCAAAGUCAUUGCAGAUUGUUAAUUUGAACCUUGCCAGCACAACUGAGGAACUAGAGUCAUUAAUAUGUUCAACUCUUUCAAGUGACAUCACUUUAUUUGAAAAGAUUUCAUCGUCUGCUUAUCGUCUACGUAUUAACUGUGUUGCAAAGGAAGUUGAUGAAUUUCAUUCGGAUACUGAGGACUCUGGAAGUGUUGAUGAUGAUCCUAAUGACAAUGGCCCAUAUAGCAACAGCGAUGACUCUGGUUGUGAAUCAGGAAAUUCUAUUAUAAGAAAAGUCAUGGAUCUGAAUUGUCAUAAAAGUCAAAGUAACAUGCCAACUGUAUACAAUGAAAUUGAUGAAAGCCAUCCAGGAGAAGUAUGGUUGUUAGGAUUGAUGGAAGGUGAAUAUUCAGAUUUAAGCCUUGAGGAGAAGUUGAAUGCAUUAGCAGCUCUAACUGAUCUUCUUCAUGCGGGAUCCAGUAUCAGAGUGGAGGAUCCUACACAAACUAUUGCUGAUUAUGUUCCUAACAUUCAUCAUUAUGGUUCUGGAGCAAAAUUAAAGAGGUCAUCAGCUAGCCAACAUAGCUUAGCCAGGCCACCCUGGGGCUACGCUGUACAAACACAUGGUUUAAAAGAAGUAUACUCGUUUUUGAGGUUUCAUCCGGUUGAUUCAUCAGUGUCAAUUGCAAAGUUUUAUGAGAAGGAGAUAUCCUCUGGCAAAGGAGAAAAUGUAAAAGAAAAAGAAGUUGAUUUUGUUUCACAUCCCAUGCAAUCUGUGUUUUUGGGGUCUGAUCGCAGGUACAAUAGAUACUGGCUUUUCUUGGGCCCUUGUAAUGCAUAUGAUCCAGGCCAUACUAGGGUCUAUUUUGAAUCUUCUGAAGAUGGACACUGGGAAGUGAUUGACACUGUAGAGGAUUUCUGUGCCUUGUUGUCAGUUUUAGAUGACAGAGGUAAGCGGGAGGCUCUACUUAUUGAAUCUUUGGAGAAGCGGCAAUCAUUUCUCUGCCAAGCAAUGUCAAAUAGAGUGUUAAACAGUGCUGGAACCAGGCAUUUAACACAGUCCAUUCAAUCUGAGCUGGAUAUGGUCAGAGAGGAUAGUUGUUCUCCUGUAUCUGAUGUAGACAAUAACCUAAGCCUGAUUGAGACUGCAGAAGAUUCUUUGCCUUCAUCUGGGGUUGUUCUUGAUGUUGGAACAAAGAGAGAAGAAGAACAAGAAAGAUGGAGCCAUCUACAAGCGUUUGAUUUAUGGAUAUGGAAUUCUUUUUACUCAAAUCUUAAUGCUGUAAAAUAUGGCAAAAAAUCUUAUCUUGAUUCACUUGCUAGAUGUGAAAGUUGUCAUGAUCUGUAUUGGAGAGAUGAGAAGCACUGUAGGAUUUGCCAUACCACAUUUGAGCUAGAUUUUGAUUUAGAAGAAAGAUACGCCAUCCAUGCAGCCACAUGUAGGGAGAAAGAAGAUUCUAAUAUCAUGUUCCCACAGUAUAAAGUCUUAUCAUCACAAAUCCAGUCGCUUAAAGCUGCAAUUCAUGCAAUCGAGUCCGUUAUGCCUGAAGAAGCCUUGGUGGGUGCUUGGACAAAGUCUGCUCAUAAGCUAUGGGUCAAACGGCUCAGACGCACCUCAUCUUUGGCAGACCUUUUGCAGGUUCUUGCUGAUUUUGUUGGCGCGAUCAAUGAGAACUGGUUAUGUGAAUGCAGUAUUCAGCAAGUUCCCCAUACUGUAGUUGAAGAGACAAUUGCAUCCUUUGCCUCUAUGCCCCAAACCUCGUCUGCGGCUGCAGUUUGGUUGGUGAGAUUGGAUUCCUUAGUUGCUCCCUACUUGGAAAGAGUUCGUUCUGGAAAGAAGCAAGAAAUCAGUAUCAUCAGAGGCAGGCGUGCUUCGAAGUAAUCUAUCCACAUUCUUAAAGAGCUUAUGCAAGUAGGAAUUGUAACUGCAUAUCUGAGGCAUUGAGGGACUUUCACAUGCUCAUUUUACUCAUACUCACCCGGAUGUCGUUUGCCUAAUCAGUGAACAGUUGCAGCUAUGUUGUCUUUGAGUUUUGAGGGCAUCACUGAUGUUUUCUGGGGUCUGAAUGGAAGGGGCUGACGGCAAUAUCUUUCUUGUACAAAGUACUGCUCUCAACCUGGUUCCUGCUUGUAUAGACUGGUAGUUUGAGUGAUUGGAUGUUGUACAGCAUUAGAUUAGCUAUAUUCAGGAAAGUUCAAAAGUUUUUGGUUGGUAACUAUUAUCAUGAGCCCUCUUCAUUCUACACCAUAUGUAGAUGGGAUUUCUGCGGCCUCCUACAACCUUUGGCAUUGAGGGAAUAAAAUUGUUACUGCCUAUUUUCCAAUCUACUUAAAAAUGGAGGAUUAAAGUAA